CUUGGAGCACCUGUGCAUAUUUUGUGUUUGGUAAAAAACCACCCCUCUCUUGGCACCGUCUCGGUUCGGCGGCUUUCACAGUUCAACGCGAUGCUCUCUCUCUUUCUCUGCGCCGUGAUAUCAAUGCCCUUCUCUUCUUUCUUUCGGAAUCUUUGCUGUAAUUCGUAACAUUCGCUGGAAUAUUUGGAAGUUUGGCCGGAACUUUGAAAUCUCGCUGGAAUUUGUAUUGGACUUCUAGUUAUAAAAGAAAGUAUCCGUGGAAAGAUUUACUCUUUCUUCUAAAUUAUAUCUGGCGUUUCACUGUUAUCGGAGUUUUCCUUUAACUGGAGAUUCUCGGUUGAUUUUAUUGAUUUCCACAGUGGUUACACCAGGCAGCUGCUGAGAUGGACUUCCGACCAAGUAGGAUGGCAGUUGUUGCGAACUCUGUAGAAGCUUUCAUUAGGGAAUUCUUUGAUCAAAAUCCUCUCAGCCAUAUUGGUUUAGCGACCAUCAAAGAUGGACUCGCUCAUCGCUUAACUGAACUGAGUGGUAGUCCCGAGUCACAUAUUAGGGCUCUACGUAGCAACUUGGGGUCCUCUGGUGAUGCCUCAUUACAAAAUGCCCUAGACCUUGUUCAUAGCUAUCUCGAGCAAAUCCCAUCAUAUGGACACCGAGAAGUCAUAAUCUUGUAUUCGGCUCUUAGUACAUGUGAUCCAGAUGAUGUAAUGGAGUCAAUUAAAAAAUGCAAGAAAGCAAAGAUACGGUGUUCGGUUGUUGGGCUUUCGGCUGAGAUUUACAUAUGUAAACAUCUCUGUGAGGAGACUGGGGGAUCCUACACUGUUGCAUUGGAUGAGUCUCAUUUUAAGGAAUUAUUGCUAGAGCAUGCCCCUGCCCCACCAGCAAUAGCUGAGUUUGCGGUCUCUAACUUGGUUAAGAUGGGUUUCCCACAAAGAAGGGGAGAAGGUGUUGUUACCAUUUGUUCAUGUCACAAGGAACCUAAAACUGGUGGAGGCUACACCUGUCCAAGAUGCAAAGCAUGCGCAUGUGAACUACCCACUGAGUGCCAAAUAUGUGGGUUGACUCUUAUUUCCUCUCCACAUUUAGCGAGGUCAUAUCAUCAUCUGUUCCCAAUUACGCCAUUCGAAGGAGGGCUGGCCACGCUUCCUUAUAAUUCACUGCAGAGGUUACCAAAGACUUGUUUUGGCUGCCAGCAGGUUCUACCUAAUCUAGGAAACAAAUCUGGUGUUCGUGUCUCUUGUCCGAGAUGCAAGCAACACUUCUGUGUUGACUGUGACAUAUACAUUCAUGAGAGCUUGCACAAUUGUCCAGGCUGUGAGAGCUUGAGGGACUUCAAGCGAGAAGGCGACGCCACUUCAGAUUCAAACGUUUUUAGUAAUAAGAGGCCAGUUCUUUUUGUGGGGCAACAACGAAACUAACUUACAGGUGUAUCGCUGUUUAUCUAUGCAUCACCUGAUUUUUUUACAUUCAACUGCUUGGCCCCUAUGCACGGUCUCAAGUCUGUCUCUGUGGUUCAAAGAAAUAACUGUUCCAUGAAAGUAACAGCCAUUAUAUUGCCAAUGCCCCCAACUGUUAUGAUAUAUGGAGGUAACAUGCGGCUGUGUGUGAUUGUGUUCUCUUUUUUCUUGGGAGGGGUUUGUUUCAGUUGUCCACUGAAAUAACAUAAGUUAUUCCACAACAUGUCUUCCUUUAUGGUUUAUUCGCCAUUUCUUCGGGCAUUUCUCCAUUGUUUUCCACUUCUCAAUCUUUCUUUUCCUUAUUUGCUUUACAGUGAUUUUUCCUGAUACAACAGCCCUUAACAUUAUCAAAUGGAAACAUACGCAGUCCCAUAUGGUCCUUUAUAUCCCUUUUUUUGGAUCUUAUGUUCUGUUUCCUCAUUGUUCCCACUGCCCCUGCAUGGGUUUGCUCUAUAGCCCCCAUCAAUGCUAAAAUUCAUUGCGUCCCUUUAACUUCAGCUGGUGAUAGACAUUACUAAAUUGGGUGAGGGAAAUGGGGGUCUGAACCUUCAUGUUUUUCCUGAAAAGCCCAAACAAGCCAACCUACCUUUUCCUUCAUUUCCUAGCAUAGCAAGGAAAACAAAACAAAGAAAAGAAAAAAAAGAAGAAACUAGAAAUAGAUGGCAAUGGGUGAGUUGGGCCCAGCUUGAUUUUUUUCUGGCCUGAUGAUUCAAACCGGAUUGGAGGCCUCUAUAUUUCGAACCGGAUGGCUUUGGAAUCAAUGUUCAGUUGUAUUUUUCUUGAUGGUAGAAGUGUUGUUUGGAUAAUAUAGAGAUAAUUGUGAUAUUUAUCAUUGUCAUCAUACACAUUAAUCUUGUUUUCUUGAUUUUACCUUUAGUUGCUGAGGAAGGGGUUGCAAUUCCUGUUUUUACUUUUUAUGUUGGAUUUAUUGAUUUGUAAUGGUGUUGUGGAUCAAUAGAAAAUACUUGAUGCCAUAUGCCACUAGUCAAAGAAUGUUGUUUAUACAGGUUCAAGAAGCAGCAUAAUAAGCAAUAUUGGAAUUGUUACUUAGACUUAAUAUUUAUCUAAGUGAUUCAUAGGAA